GGGGCUUCCGGCGCGGGGCUGCCCGGACCCGGGGAGGUCCCCGGCCGACGCGAAGGCCGCAGAGGGGGCGGCCUGCGGGACGAGAUCCCCGUGGCCACCGGGCCGGCUCUAGGGCCGGGCCAUCCAGCGGCCGCUGUUUACCUCUCUCCGUCCCUCCCUGGCGGCCGCGGGACCGCCGGGAGGGCGCGACGCGAUUGGGCGGGCGGCCUGUCAAUCACCGGGGACUUUCCCAGGGGUGGGGCGGCCCGGCCCCUGGCACUUCCUUGUCUUCGACCCUGUCCCCCUGCCCCAGCCGCUGAGCACCGCCGAGCCAGAGCCUGGCCCGGGCCACUACCGUGUCCCUGGACCCCGGGCUGGACGCGGACAGCGCGGCGCUGUCCCCCAGGGCCCCCACCCUCAGCCAGGUGGGCACCACUCCAGGGGCUGAGCCACCCUCAUGGAAGGGAGAGGACCAUACCGGAUCUACGACCCUGGGGGCAGCGUGCCUCCGGGAGAGGCGUCGGCGGCUUUUGAGCGCCUAGUGGAGGAGAAUUCCCGACUGAAGGAAAAAAUGCAAGGGAUAAAGAUGUUAGGGGAGCUUCUGGAAGAGUCUCAGAUGGAAGCAUCCAGGCUGCGGCAGAAGGCAGAGGAGCUGGUCAAGGACGGUGAGCUGCUCCCACCUCUGUCUCCGUCUUUGGCCUCCUUCGACCACCUGGCUGAGCUCACAGAAAAGGAUGCAGACGUCCCAGCACCCCCCGCUGACCCCGCACACCCCAACGAGAAGCCAGAGCCAGUCCAGAAACCUCCAUCCAGCGGCUCCUCCUCUGAAUUUGAAGUGGUCCCCACCGAUGACCAGAAUUCACCACCAGAGAGUGGCAGCCGCACCAGGAACACGAUGGAGCUGGGCCCCCUGCCCCACGAGGACACCAACCUGAUGCUGCACUUGCAGCGCCUGGAAACCACCCUGAGCGUGUGCGCUGAGGAGCCGGACCACAGCCAGCUCUUCACCCACCUGGGCCGCAUGGCCCUCGAGUUCAACCGGCUGGCCUCCAAGGUGCACAAGAAUGAGCAGCGCACCUCCAUCCUGCAGACCCUGUGUGAGCAGCUUCGGAAGGAGAAUGAGGCCCUGAAGGCCAAGCUGGACAAGGGCCUGGAGCAGCGGGAUCAGGCUGCCGAGAGGCUGCGGGAGGAAAACGUGGAGCUCAAGAAGUUGUUGAUGAGCAGCGGCAAAGAGGGCGCCUCCGGGCGGCCAGGCUCGCCAAAGAUGGAAGGCGCGAUCAAGAAGGGGGUGGCCGGACAGCAGCAGGCUAGUGUGACAGCAAGUAAGACCCCAGAGAUGGGGGCCUUGGGUGCAGCUGAGAAGAAGGUGAAGAUGCUGGAGCAGCAGCGCACUGAGCUGCUGGAAGUGAACAAGCAAUGGGACCAGCAUUUCCGGUCCAUGAAGCAGCAGUACGAGCAGAAGAUCACUGAGCUGCGCCAGAAGCUGGCGGACCUGCAGAAGCAGGUGACUGACCUGGAGGCCGAGCGGGAGCAGAAGCAGCGCGACUUUGACCGCAAGCUCCUCCUGGCCAAGUCCAAGAUUGAAAUGGAGGAGACAGACAAGGAGCAGCUGACAGCAGAGGCCAAGGAGCUGCGCCAGAAGGUCAAGUACCUGCAGGAUCAGCUGAGCCCGCUCACCCGGCAGCGGGAGUACCAGGAAAAGGAGAUCCAGCGUCUCAACAAGGCGCUGGAGGAAGCACUGAGCAUCCAGGCCUCCCCAUCAUCUCCAUCGGCUGCAUUUGGGAGCCCGGAAGGAGCCGCAGCCCUCCUGAGGAAACAGGAGCUGGUCACGCAGAACGAAUUGCUGAAACAGCAGGUGAAGAUCUUUGAGGAGGAUUUCCAGAGGGAGCGCAGCGAUCGAGAGCGGAUGAACGAGGAGAAGGAAGAGCUGAAGAAGAAGGUGGAGAAGCUGCAGGCCCAGGUCACCAUGUCAAACGCCCAGCUAAAAGCAUUCAAAGAUGAAGAAAAGGCGAAAGAAGCCCUCAAACAGCAGAAGAGGAAAGCGAAGGCCUCGGCAGAGCGCUACCACGUGGAGCCCCACCCGGAGCACGUCUGCGGGGCCUACCCCUAUAUGUACCCGCCCUUACCAGCCAGGAUGCCACACCACGGCUUUGACGACUGGUCCCAGAUCCGCUACCCCCCACCCCCCAUGGCCAUGGAGCACCCGCCCCCACUCCCCAACUCACGCCUCUUUCAUCUGCCAGAAUACACCUGGCGGCCGGCCUGUGGAGGGAUGCACAAUCAGAGCUCCCAAGUGAUGGACUCGCCCACAGCCAGGCCUACGGAACCAGAGUCCACAAAAAAUGACCGUGAGAGGCCUCAGUGAGACCAGGUUGCGUCACUUGGGCUCCAUCUCCAUCCUGCAGAGCCAGCUGAUCUCAGAUUACUGAAAAACUAGAGGCCACGUGCUCUGUGUGGCCAGGGCCGCAGCCAGACCGGAGGCUGAGACAGAUGGGUGGCCAGCUUGUGCCCUGGCCCUGCCCUGAACUGUUGACGGACUGCAGAGGCUCCACCCGGAAGGCUUCCGUUUGGGCCCCUUGUUUGGAGUGCCCGGGAAAAACUCACUACCCUGCCACCAAGUGAGCGGAGAGAGGCCUCAUCCUGCUUCGACCUGCCAUCCUUUGCGGAAGCCGCCGGGGGACAUCAGUUUCAAGAGUGGGAUGCAGCCGAGACCCCUUCCUUUCAAAACUUCCCCAGAAGUGGUUCCAGCCCCUCUGGGGACCAUGUUCAUUUCAUGUCUGUGUAUACUUUUGCUUUAAGCUCUGUAGUGGCAGGACCUGCCCCACACCCAUCCCUUCCCUUCUAUGAAUGGCUGCGGGAAGAGCAUGUUUGCCUCCGGGAGCAGAAGAGAACAGUCUGCUGCAGAGCCCUCCACCUCUGCCCACCACAGCCUUGCCAGCGCCACUGCAGCCUUGGAUGAAGGCCAUGCCAGCCACAUCCGCUGAGGGGCCCAGCCUGAAGCUGCCAAGCCCUUGGCCCUGCAGCUGGAGGCUUGUGGUGCCAGAGGCCCGGACUAGGGUGUCUGUCCCUGGACAGCUGUUUGCACGAAUCUUGGACAUAAAUCCAAGUUGAUGAUCAACA